AUGGAGAACGUCGACAGACACCAUUUGCCGUUGUGAAAACUCUCAGUGAUUUAUUGCUGAGGAAAUUUAUUGCGGCUUUCAUUUGUUUGGGUUUUACAUGAGCCGUUUUAUGUGGUUAGAAAAUCUAAAUUUAUUCUGGUAUUUUAAUAAAGUUUGUGAUGGCUGCGGAAAUUAAAGAAGCACUUUUAUAUGAUUUUAAUUAUAGUUUAUUCGUCGCGAAUACCAUGUUGCCGAAUGUGAGAAAUGUUGAGGAUAAGCAAAAUGCGGUUAAGUGGCUUAGAUUCCUGAAGACAAGUGCGAAAUCUCUUCAAGAGUUGAAUUUGAGAAAUGAAUUCAUGGAUCAUCUUGUCAAGAGUGUUCAGGCUGGUGUGAUGUCUCCGCCUUUUGAUACUCCUCCACCGAACAGCUCACUAACAUCAAUGAUCUCUCUACUGCCAGUGGUGGACUUGGAUGCUGAAGACCCAUCGUCAUGUCGAGGCUCUCGAAGAACUUCUGCGAUAAUGCAGAGAUCACCAGAUGCUGGUGCUUUCCUCGCAGCUCAACCGAUUCCAGAUGUUGGCGCCUUCUGCUACGUCGCCGUUCUCACCAAGAAGAAUAACUAAAUUCCAAUAAUUAUCUCUCAAUCAAAUAAUAAAAAUCAUUCCAUAUUAUUGACAUGGCAAUCAAGCAUUUCUAAUGAUAGCUGGAGC